UUCACUCACUAUAAAACCACCCUUCUCCUUUCUCCUUCUCACCUCGAACUUCAAUCGUAGAUCUCGAUAGUAAUAAUCGCUCUCAUUCUUUAGAAAAACAGAGCUUUCACUUGCCCUCAUGAAGAUGAAGCAACCUUCUUUCUCCCUCUUACUCUUCUUGCUUAUUUCCUCCUUCUAUUCAACCACCACAUUAGCCCAAGCACCGGCUGCAUCGCCAUCACCAUCUGUGCCCACAUUACCCCAGUCACCUUCUUCAGAUUCUUCUGAUUCUUCAACUGACGAUAUCAUCAGAAUUCUGAGGAAGGCCAAAUCUUUCAGUGUCUUGAUCCGCCUCCUCAAAACCACUCAACUGAUCAACCAAAUCAAUUCCCAGCUCAUAACCACCAAAUCUGGUGGCUUAACCAUUUUUGCACCAGCUGAUUCUGCUUUUUCACAACUCAAAGCAGGGUUCCUCAAUUCCUUGGAUGACAAUCAGAAGAUCGAACUCUUGCAAUUCCACGUUCUCCCCAGUUACGUUUCGAGCUCAAAUUUUGAUUCUUUGACCAACCCAGUUCGCACACUGGCAGGAGAUAACCCCACCAGGCUGCAAUUUAACGUCACAGCAUAUGGAAACAGUGUAAAUAUUUCUACGGGUGUUGUUAACACAACAGUCACUGGCGUCGUGUACUCUGAUAAACAGCUUGCCAUAUAUCAGGUAGACAAGGUGCUUCUGCCUCUGGACUUCUUUCAGCCUAAGCCGCCGGCGCCGGCGCCGGCAAUUGCUGGAGCCCCAAAAGCUGAUAAGGACUCCUCAUCUUCUGAAGAUGAUGGUCAGGUCAGGGCAGCAAAGCACAGCUCUAAUGCAGUUAGUUUAAAAAGCAUUCGAGGAACAACGUUUGUGUUCUCGGCAGUUGCUGCUUUAGUUGCCGUGGCGAGGAUGUGA